AAAAAUGGGACCCUGUGUUAUGUAUAUAUAAACUGCAAGGAUGACAUAAAAUAUCAUCCUCCCAAACAUUAUCCCAAGCAGACAGUGAAGCAAAACCAUCUUUUGAGAGCAGCUUUCAUUACAAAAGCUUCACCAUGAAAUGCCUCCAGCUCCACUCUUCAUUGCUUCCCAUUCAUCUUCAUCAAAAGUUACUCAAACCACAGCAAAAUUAUACAGUGCAGACCACCAAACUAUUAUGGGGUGAACCUUGCAGGACCCUUCCACAUAGACAGCAGCACUUUUUCCCAUUUAGGACCAAGGCACUUCCACAUUUCAUUGUUGUUGCUGCCACUGUACCACCCAACUCCAAUGACUUGGCAGCCUUUCUCCCAGUAAGUGCUCUGCUCAUAUCGGUAUACUUCAUAGCCAAUUUCGUCGUUCCAGAUAUUCUUACAAAGUAUUCUGGAUAUGAUCAACUAAACGAAGACCAGAAGGUCGAUGAUGUAGAAGAGGAAUAGACAGGGUACACCGAUGGUGGUCAAUGGCGCAAGGCGAAGUCACAAAAUAAAGAAACAUGAUUGCUACAAUGUGAAACUAUCACAAAUGGGGUCACAAAUGUAUUAUUAGUUUGCAUUCAGAUUACAAAACCAUCUAGUCAUUUGUAUUUCACAUUAGUGUCAUUUGGCAUUUUAGCUAUGUUAGACUUGGAGACAAUUAUAAUUUCACGAAAACAAAUUGUUUACGCUUUUGCUUCAAUGGGAUCAUGUGGAAACCUCCUCAUGUUUUGUCAUGUUGAAAUUUUGAGCAUAUCUCCCUCUUCAUAUGUAUUAAAUAAGUGAGACCU